AUGGAUGUCAUGCAUUGGCCGAACAAGUUCUCAAAGGCAAACACGUGGAACUGUGGCAGAGGCAGGGUGAAGCUGCUCUCGGUCAGAACUCUUUCCCUGCCGCUGUGCAGGGCCAAAUCCAGGGCCUUUAGCAUCCACGAGGAUCUCCAGGCGUUUCCCCAGUUCGAGGUCGUCUUCUCCGACCGCUUCAUCUCCGAGAAAGAUGCCCAAUCGCUGCUCGAAUACAACAUUGAACAUCCUACGUACUCGGCCGACUUCUCCCAGCCGACAAUCAGCGAUGCGAGCGACAGCCAAGACCGCCACCAGCACGAUGGGCACCACUCACAGGCCAGCUCGCCGCUCACGUACGAGCUGAUGAACAUGCCGCCGCAUCGCUACCUGUGCGCCAUCCCCGUCAUCGAACCCCCCAACCCCGAGAACCAGACGGCGACGGAGCUGGCCAAGGCCGAGGAGGCACGCGAGCUGGGCCGGGCCGCGGCGAGCGGCUGGAACCUGCUCAGCCAGCUGGAGGACACAUGCCUCUACUUCAUGUCCGGCUGGUGGAGCUACAGGUUCUGCAACAACCGCGAGAUUGUGCAGUUCCACGCUCUCCCUUCGACGCCCAUGGGCAAGCCGCCCCAGCGCGAUCCCCGCGCGGACGAGUACAUCCUGGGCCAGGCAUCUCUCCCCGGAGACUCGGAAGUGGACUCAGAAUCAGACGGCAAAUCCCCGGUGCCGGCCGAGCUCCAAGUGAAGGGCGAUCAGCGAUACCUGGUACAGAGGCUGGAAGGGGGAACCAUCUGCGAUCUGACGGGGAGGCCGCGCACCAUUGAGGUGCAGUACCAUUGCGUCCCGGGCAUGCAAAGCGACAGAAUUGGAUGGAUCAAGGAGGUCACCAUCUGCGCAUACGUCAUGGUCGUGAACACGCCGAGGCUAUGCGACGACGUUGCUUUCCUGCCGCCGGAGGAAAGCAAGGCAGAUGCGAUUACGUGCCAGCUCAUCACCGACGAUGAGGAGGAGGCGCCUCCGCUGCUGGAUCAAGAAGCGUCUGGCAUGGGCCACGAAGAGGUGGUGCAAGGCGAGCACUUUCUCGCGAGCCACGACUCCCCACUCACCGUCGGCGGCGUGCUCGUAGGAGGGCGCAAGUCUCUAUCCGCGGGCGACAAGCCCGGCCAGCCUCCCGUCAUAUUGGCGCCCCCUCGAAACUACAUCAACAGCCAGCAAGCCGCGGAGCAGCUCAUCCAGGUGCUCAUCAAGGCGGCCAGCAAGCAGGAUGGCGGCCAGAUUGACCGAGUCAGCAAGGAGAAGCUCGAGCAGCUGAACCUUGACCCAGACUUGGUCGAGGAAUGGGAGGGGGAGUUGAAGGAGAUGGCAGGCGACAAGGGGUGGCAGCUGGAGAUUGUGGGCGACGUGAACGACGUCGAUAGGCACUUCCGGGGAUGGUUGGACGAGGACGACGAGGCCGAAGGCGAACAUGACAAGAAGGCGCAGCAGCAGCCUCCUGCGGGCAAGGGAGCCAAGGAGAAGGAAGCCAAGGAGAAGGGGAAGAAGAAGAAUGGCGGCACCAAUGAGGGCCGCGGGAAGGGAAAGCAGGAGGACGAAGGGAGCGAGGAGCAAUUUUACAAGGAGGAAUUAUAG